AUGCCGUUUCCCGCGGCGGGCCGGAGAGCGCCGCUGGCGCCGCCGCAACCCUGCGGCAUCUCCUCGGCGAUCAGCCUGGCCGCCCCCAGGGACACAGACCACGAGCUCACGCAGAAGCUGGUGGAGACCCUGAAGCCCUUCGGGGUGUUCGAGGAGGAAGAGGAGCUGCAGCGCAGGAUUCUAAUUUUGGAAAAACUGAACAACUUGGUGAAGGAGUGGAUACGCGAAAUCAGUGAAAGCAAGAGUCUUCCGCAAGCUGUGACUGAGAGUGUCGGGGGGAAAAUUUUCACGUUCGGCUCUUACAGACUGGGAGUGCACACGAAGGGUGCUGAUAUCGACGCGCUGUGCGUCGCGCCGAGACACGUCGACCGCAGCGACUUUUUCACCUCAUUUUACGAUAAAUUGAAACUACAGGAAGAAGUCAAAGAUUUAAGGGCCGUUGAGGAGGCAUUUGUGCCAGUGAUCAAACUGUGUUUUGAUGGGAUAGAGAUAGAUAUUUUGUUUGCAAGAUUAGCAUUGCAGACUAUUCCAGAAGAUUUGGACUUAAGAGAUGACAGUCUGCUUAAAAAUUUAGAUAUUAGAUGCAUAAGAAGCCUAAACGGCUGCCGGGUAACUGAUGAAAUUUUGCAUCUAGUACCAAACAUUGACAACUUCAGGCUAACUCUGAGAGCCAUCAAAUUGUGGGCCAAAUGCCACAAUAUCUAUUCCAAUAUAUUAGGUUUCCUUGGAGGUGUUUCCUGGGCUAUGCUAGUAGCAAGAACCUGCCAGCUUUAUCCAAAUGCAAUAGCAUCAACUCUUGUCCGUAAAUUUUUCCUGGUGUUUUCUGAAUGGGAAUGGCCAAAUCCAGUGUUAUUAAAAGAGCCUGAAGAACGAAAUCUUAAUUUACCUGUGUGGGACCCAAGAGUAAAUCCCAGUGAUAGGUACCAUCUUAUGCCUAUAAUCACACCAGCAUACCCACAGCAGAACUCCACAUACAACGUUUCAGUUUCAACCAGGAUGGUCAUGAUUGAGGAGUUUAAGCAAGGGCUUGCUAUCACACAUGAAAUUUUGCUGAACAAGGCAGAGUGGUCCAAACUUUUUGAAGCUCCAAGCUUCUUUCAAAAGUACAAACAUUAUAUUGUACUUCUGGCAAGUGCACCAACAGAAAAACAACAUCUAGAAUGGGUGGGCUUGGUGGAAUCAAAGAUCCGAAUUCUGAGCUUGGAGAAGAAUGAAUUUAUUACGCUGGCACACGUGAAUCCCCAGUCAUUUUCAGCACCCAAAGAAAAUCCUGAUAAGGAAGAAUUUCGUACAAUGUGGGUGAUUGGGUUAGUGUUAAAAAAGCCAGAAAAUUCUGAAACUCUCAGUAUUGAUCUCACCUAUGAUAUUCAGUCUUUCACAGAUACAGUUUAUAGGCAAGCAAUAAACAGUAAGAUGUUUGAGAUGGAUAUGAAAAUUGCUGCAAUGCAUUUAAGAAGAAAGGAGCUUCAUCAACUACUCCCUAAUCAUGUUCUUCAGAAAAAGAAAACACAUUCUGCAGAAGGUAUAAUGUUGUCAGCUGUGAAUGACAGCAGCCUCCACUUGACUGUAGAUAGUGAAAACAGCAUGUCUGUGCCUUUACCUAUGGGUGCCACAAAGACUGGCCCAUUGACUGGCAGCCCUCAGGGAAGAAGCAGUCCUGCUCUGGCUGUGAUGACAGCAUCUGUGACCAACAUACAGGCUCCUGAAGUUUCCUUGCAACAAGUGAAUCCCAGUGAAAGCUCAGGGGUUACAUUGAGUGAAAGCAUUCCUCAGACUCCCUCACAGCCUACCAUUUCUUCACCACCAAAGCCCACAGUCACCAGAGUUGUUUCUUCAACACAUUUGGUAAAUCAUCCACCUAGACCUUCAGGAAAUGCAGCAACUAAUAUACCUAAUCCUAUAGUAGGAAUGUAGAGGACAUUCUCACCUCAUAAAGACAGAAAACCAGAACAGAAGGGCAACAACCAGGUAAGUACAGCUCAAUUAGAAACAGACAGCAACUUCUCUGUUGGCCUCUCAGGAAACAUCUGGCUCAGAUAUACUCGGUAUCCCUGUUCUCUCUCCAGAUCCUAUUCCUGUUAUCAAGAAUUCAGUAAAACAUACUGAAUGGAAAUGGAUAAAGACAACCACAAGGGCCCAUAAACAAUAUCUGCCAACUCAACCUGUUGUCUUCAAAUGCUAAAGAAGGAGAACAAGGGUACCAGACUAGAUAUGACUCAAAAGAUUAAUGUUCACUUGGUAACUUCCUUUACUGACUUAAUCUUGAUCAGAAGUCCAGAUUAGUAUGUGAAGCUAGAAGUGCCGUUAUUAAUGCCUCAGAUUAUUUGUGUUAGUCCUAGUACAUUAACUAUUUCAAAGAGACUACUACUCUUAAAAGAUGAGAAAAAUAUAGAAAAGAAAAAAAACAACUAUAUUUAUACCCAUGACUGACAUUUGGACUGAAUUUAUGUUUGAUGCAUUUUUUGGGGAAAUUUGCAAUACGAACUAGUAUCAGAAUUCCUAAUAUUAAUAAUGCACUUUAUGUACUUUUUUUUAAAGGUUAGAAACCAUAACUAAUUUUGGCUUUUUCAGCUUGGUGAAUUUUAGUUUUUUUUUUUUUUUCCUUGAAGAAGUUUCUUCAGUACUGAUCUUAAAAUUGGAUACCAUUGUACAGUGGUGUAAUAUACUUCAGAGAAAGCAUAAAAGUACAUGUAGCUCAGUCCCUGUGAGAUAACUGCAAACCCUUUAAAAUGAAAUGUCAACUCUUGGGUAUAUAUUUGACAUCAAAACAGUAAUUACUAAGUGUUUGGUUUUGAUGGGACAUGACCUAGAAAUGAUACCUGUAGGAUGGUAUUAGAGAGCACAUGAUCAGCAAUCAGACAUUUUCUUUGAGCUAGCAAAGCUCCAUAUUCUCCUGUCCUCAAUCAUUUAUCCUAAAAUAAGCUUAUGGCCUCUACCCUCUUCUCUUUGCUGUGUGCACAGGGUAUGCUUGUAUGUUGUUUCAUUAAAAAACAUGGAAAUCUAGUAUUUUCUAAACCAUGAUGUGAAACCAACAAUCUUGUGCCACAUGGCACAAAACACCAAAUUGAUUCCAUGGCUAAUAUUUCAGUAAAACUUCACUAAAUAUUUGAUCUCUGUGUCUGAGAAGUUUUACAAAUUCCAUAGAAUACUGCUUUAUAGGGAAGCUAAUUCCCAAUCUUUGUCUUUUCCAUAGACCAAAAAAAAGACAUUGUCUGCAAGAAUCUUUAACCAAUUGUUAUUUUUUAAAGACUUACCAAAAAUCAUCAGUGAAUUUUUCAUGUAGUCAUAUAAAAAUAAUUUCUAGAAAGCAUUUGAUAGCUAGUUAGCUUUCUACUCUUUCGUUUUUAUCCAAGAUUAGAAAUACUGUUCUUUAAAAAGAAAAAAAAUGAUCCCUCAUAAUAGAGCAUAAGCAGCAGAACACCCAUGUACAGGAACCACGAGGGAUAAUGGAUGUAGAUGAAUGAAAGCCCAGAAGACUUAACAAAUUUUCCAAGUAGCCUGGUUCUGUCUUCCCCUCUCCCACCCGUGUUUCCCUUUUCCCAUGCGUGCAUUCUUUUUCUUGUUUCAUGUUAAACUGCAAUGUUUAGACUCUUUCCCUGUCCUUCUAGAUAAAUUUUCCAAAGUUGGAAGAUAGUCUUUUUCCUUUUAGGCUAUGCAGUAAUUGAGACUUUCUGAAAUCUGGUAUACAAUAUUUCUGUGUCUCACGUCUUUGCCCUGUGCAGUCACCUUACCCUUCCACGACAAUAAUAAAUCAGGUGAAACAUGCACAGUAUCUGUAUUUUGAAUAGCUAUGGUGUUUGGUUGAAAUCUCCAGGCACAAGUUUAGUCUUGUCAUUUUGUUUACACAUUGGCAAAAAAAUUAGUUUAUUAAGUGUUUCAUGUAGCCAUACCUGUUUUACCAAGCUGGAAACUUGGGACUUUUUAAUUCUAGUUUUUAUUACCUGAAUAUCAGACAAUUUUUUCAUGUGAUAUAUGUAGAGUCUCAUGCCUGGGGUUUGCUUUGUUAUGUAGUAUCUGUACUCCUUGUAUUUUCAAGCACUAUUUUGAAAACAGAUAAUGUAUUUCUCCAUUACAAACACAAUAAAAAUAAGUGGCAAACAAAUAAGUGAAACUAAAAAAAAAAAAAAAAGAAUUUUUUUCACAAUAUCAUUCUUUUAUUUAUUUUUAUGUGGUGCUGUAGAUCAAACCCAGAACUGCCAUGUGCUAAGCAAGCGCUCUACCACUGAGCUACAGUCCUAGCCCAGAACUUUGAACUUAGGAAUCAACUUCACAAAAGAGGUGAAAAAUCUAUAUACUGAAAAUUACAGAACCCUAAAGAAAGAACUCAAAGAAGACCUUAGAAGAUGGAAAGAUCUACCUUGCUUUUGGAUAGGCAGAAUUUAUAUUAUCAAAAUGACCAUACUAUCAAAAGCACUAUGUAGAUUUAAUGCAAUUCUGAUCAAAUUCCAAAAACAUUCCCCAUGGAAACUGAAAAAGCAGUCAUGAAAUUCAUCUGAAAAAAUAAGAGACCCAGAAUAGCUAAAGCAAUCCUUAUCAGGAAGAGUGAAGCAGGUGGCAUCAAUAUGCCAAACCUUAAAAUAUACUACAGAGCAAUAGUAACAAAAACAGCAUGCUAUUGGAACCAAUACAGACUGGUAGACCAAUGGUACAGAAUAGAGGACACAGAGACUAACCCACAAAACUACAAUUAGUUUACAGUUAGUUAGACAAAGGUGCCAAGAAUAUGCAUUGGAGAAAAGACAGUCUUUUCAACAAAUGGUGCUGGGAAAACUGGAAAUCCAUAUGCAACAAAAUGAAAUGAAAUCCCUCUCUGUCACUAGGCACAAAAUUCAACUCAAAAUGGAUCAAGGACUUAGGAAUAAAACCAGAGACCCUGCAUCUAAUAGAAGAAAAAGUAGGCCCUAAUCUCCAUCAUGUGGGAUUAGGCCCCAACUUUUUAAAUAAAAUUCCUGUGGCACAAGAAUUAAAAUCAAGUAUCAAUAAAUGGGAUGGAUUGAAACUAAAAACUUUCUUCUCAGAAAAAGAAAUAACAAUCUGUGAGGUGAAUAGAGAGUCUAGAUCUUGGGAACAAUCUUUACCCCACACACAUCAGAUAGAACACUAAUCUCUAGGGCAUAAAGAACUCAAAAGGCUA